AUGUACACUCUGCAGGUUCAAGAAAACUCCCCAGCUCAGCAAGGAGGAUUGGAACCUUUCUUUGAUUUCAUUAUUGCAAUAGGACACACUAGGCUUAAUAAAGAAAACAAUAUGCUGAAAGAUCUGCUGAAGGCAAAUGUUGAAAAACCAGUGAAGCUGGAGGUGUAUAACAUCAAAACAAUGAAAAUAAGAGAAGUGGAGGUGAUCCCCAGCAACAUGUGGGGAGGGCAAGGUCUUCUCGGUGCCAGCGUGAGGUUCUGCAGCUUCCAGGGAGCCAAUGAACAUGUGUGGCAUGUCCUGGAUGUUGAACCUGCAUCUCCUGCAGCUCUAGCUGGUCUGCAGCCAUACACUGACUACGUUGUUGGAUCUGAUCAGAUUCUGCAAGAGUCAGAGGAUUUCUUUUCACUGAUUGAAUCCCAUGAGGGGAAGCCACUGAAGCUGAUGGUUUAUAACACUGAAGCAGACGCCAUUCGAGAGGUAGUUGUGACUCCCAAUGGAGCUUGGGGUGGAGAAGGAAGUUUAGGAUGUGGUAUUGGAUAUGGCUAUUUGCACAGAAUUCCAACACAGCCUGUAAUAUCAAAGAAAAAGCCAGAAAGCAAACCACCUUCACCCUUGUCAUCAGAAGCCAGAACUCCUGAACCAUCUACUAAUGGUUACACAGAG